GCGCAGAAUGAGGAGUGCUGCAAAAAGAACCACAGGAGGGAAGGCGAUGAGAUGAGCAGAACUGCGGGCGAAUCCUUUGAUCCCCCGACCUAUGGUCAAACGACUACCGCUAAGUCAAAUGGGAACAACUGACCCGGAGGCGACCUCCGAUAGUGCGAGAAGGGCUUCGACAGAUCGCACUCAUCUCAGUGAUCGAAGCAAUCAGGGUGGUGAUCGAAGUGCUCAGACAUUUCGACUGCACGGUCAACUUCCAUCCACCGCUGCAUCGGGCAGUCAGCAGACUGGCUGGACAUCUGCCACGCGUCGUGAAUCGAGUAGCCAUGGACCGUCAUCGGCCGGUGUUGUUGGUUUUAUCAACGGUCCAGGAACAAAAGACACACGAGGCAAGCCGGUGGGUUUGUUUCAGGAAGUUCGUGGCGGUACACGUGGAAGCGUGGGCACUUCCUCGUCUUCCUUCGGUAAUGGCCGAGGCCAUGGCGAUAAGCGUGUGAGCAUCGAACGUCGCAUUGUCAGCUCUGCUGGCGGAGCUGCCGAACAUCCAGGGCAAAACUUAAGGAGAGAAGCGGUGGCAGUUCAAAGAAAGAAAAGGAGUGGGGAAAAAGGGGACGAGAGCACGAGGGCUGAGAGAAGGCGACGAAGGAAGAACGGAGAGGGCGGCGGAGUUGAAGAUGCAAUGGACGAAGAACAACAUCAGCGUGGAGGAGGAGACGAGGAUGAUGAGGAAGACGAAGAAUACGUAGAUGGGAUUGAUGGGGGGUUGAUGCUUUCGUCGGGAAGGUUACCGUCAUCUGGUAAGGCAAUAACGUCACUGCGGGGAGCGAGAUCAAGACCGAGAUCGAGAUCGUAUCCAGGUGCGGCUGGAAAUGAAGAAGAUGAUGGCAGCGGUGAGGGUGAUAUUGACGUUGACGCCGAAUGCAUGGUGGAGGACGAUGGCGAACACGCUGCAGCGGCUGAGACUGUGGGUGGUGGAGAUCGACUGAAUCUGACGGCCAUCGAGGACCGGUCUGUCUUUACCAGGGCACGUUCAAGCGGUCUGCCUUCAACGACGACCAGUCGGGACAGCCCGGUCCGGAUCCGGACCGUUGAUUGUCCACAUUGUAAGUGCACCGUAAAGGUUCGAGUCCGAUUAGGUCUACCUUCGGGGCGCUUGCGAGGUCUUCAAAGCAGACAGUGUAGUGCGAGCUGGGUUUCUGCUGUUGAUCCUGUCAAGAAAAAACUGGGGACGCCAGGCGUUGCCGCGUGGCAGCUUGAGGAAACUUGUACUCUGGAGAAGGACAAGGAACUUCAGGCGCGAAAACGCCACCGCCGUAGUACUAUUCCAUCACCACUCUCCACCACUGGGACUUACACUGAGAGCAGACCAGAUUCUUCUCCCUUCGAUGGACUGCAAAGGAGUUGCCAUCAGUUAUGGCGGGAAAGUGGAUUUUCAACCGCACGCGGUUUUGAGACCAAAGAAGCGGGAGGGACAAUCCAGGAAGAGGAAAAACGAGCAGUGGAGGAAGGAGCACGUGUCAGUCCGUAUGAUCAGGGCUUAAAAACGAUGGAGGGGGACAUCAAACGCAUGGCUAUUUCGAGAAGGGAACAGGUCCGGAUCCAACGACUAGUAGUGCUGUUCUGUGAGGGCUUCAUAACGCUUCUCGAGGAGAUCGUGUCAGCCUCACUGUCAAACAAGAUCACAGUGAUGGCGAAAGUCCUCAACACAUUCGUCAAACUCGUUGAGGAAAGAAUGAAGGAGUUGUAUCGUUCUGAGCUGAUGCAGCUAAUGAGCUCGAAUGAGAAAACAAUCCGGAAGUUGAUUGCGCAAAUGGAGCAGAAGAUGGAUGGGGUUCACAAGCGAGAGGCCUUAACUGCUCUAGUUUACAAUGAGUUGAAGGAGACCAAGGCAGCUAUUGAAGCAGAAAAAGAGAAGCGGGCAGCCGCGGAGGGAAAGUGUAAGGAAAUGGAGCAGGAUAUGGUGGUUAUGCGUGAAACAAUUGAACGUUACAAGGUCUUGAACAAAGGGACAGAACAAGAAAUCAAGG